UAACUGCCACAAUUAUUUACAUGAACUUUUCAAAUAUUUGAUUUUACCAGCUUUUUUAUCAUGUCAAACAAACGAAACAAGCAACAAUCGAAUAGCCGAUCGUUUAAUAAUUCUGAACUGUCAAAAGGGUUUCAUCUCUUGACCGAAUCUUCGCAUACAGUAAAAGUCAAUACACCGUCCGUUCCACCCAACAGUGCUCAUCUUUAUCCACGACUAGCUGGAUCUAACUGGACAAGCUAUCUAACACAGCCAAGUAUUAUUCUUGGACGUUCUGGAACGGCAGUCAGAUCAACACGGCAAACCCCAGCGCAAGCACAAGUUGAUCUCGAUUUUGGAAGUUCCAAAGCCAUUUCACGUAAACAUUGCGAGAUUCGAUUCAGCUCCAGUCGCGAUCGUUGGGAAUUGUAUGUGUAUAGUCGUAAUGGUGUUAAAUUGAACCAAAUCAUGAAAAAGCCGCACGAUAAACCAAACGUAUUAAAAACAGGCGCCUUGAUCGAGAUAUGCAAUACUAGCUUUAUCUUCUUCUUACCAAGCAAUUAUAUAAAGCCAACAUAUCAAGAGAAAAAUCAGUCUAGUGCGAGUACACCAGAAAACAAUACGGAGGAUAAUAGUCUCGAUCACGAAUUAGAGAUUGCAUUGAUACAAAUUUUUGAGGACACUGGUAGUUUAAACACGACUGAAAUACUGGAAAAAGUUAAACAAUGUUACACAAAACCCGUCGAAAAGGAAAGUAUUCUUCAUUUGCUUGUUCUAAGCCCUCGAUUCCAAUUAGCACCAAACUCCAUAUCCAUGUCUUCAAAAGAUGCUGAUUCUGUCAAAUGGAUACUUAUACCCUUAACCACCAACUUAAUAGGUGCCGAUGGAAUGUAUGAUAAAGACGAGAUGUCUAUUAAUGCACCCACAUCCAAUACAAAAAGCGCACCAAUUUCGGAAAAAGAUAAAAAUCAUGUCGUGAGGCUAGACAGUAAUGACGAUAUGAGCAUCGUCUCAACUCCUGUAGCUGGACAUGAUAGUCAACCGUUUAGUGUGAUGAGCCGUAGUAAUCAUGACGACAUGAGUAUUGCCUCGCCAUCUGGGGAUGUUUCUGAUGGCCAGCCAAUGAGUUGGAAAGAUAGCCUGCCCUUUAAAUUAAGGAGUUAUAGUGACCAUGAUAACAUGUCCAUCUCUACUUCAGAAAAUGGAGUAUUACCUGAUGAGGAUUCAACAAAAAAUGUUCCAUCAGGUAUAAGUAUAUCCUUGUCCAGGUUCUUUGAUAAAGAAGAUGGCUGGUCUUUGUUUAUGCAACCACAUGAGGAUACCCAUAUAGAGGCUAAUGGACCAAAUCAGCCUAUUUCACAAGCGCCAACCAUAUUUCGUGCCAUGUCUAUUGAGUCCAUGUACUCUGUGUGGUCUAAUGGCACCUCUUAUGCCGGUGAUGCAGUAGAAGAUGGCGAAAGACCAAACAAAAGAUUGAAAUCUGUUGAAAAGGAUGGAGAAGAUUCGCAUGUCGACAUAUAUAAGGAUAUCCGCCGAAAGAUUGUUUAUUGAGCAUUUAUAAUAAAGUAUCUAUUCUG